AUGAAUGGAAAGGGAUAUGGCAUGCCAUCAUCUCAUUCUCAAUUUAUGGGAUAUUUCGCUGUUUUCUUCACCCUUUUCCUGCUUGUCCGCCACACUCCCUCUGCAUCGAUUCGGUCCGGUUACCUUAGUAUGCUCGAACGUGUCGGUCUAUCCUCACUAGCCUGUGUGGGGGCUCUAGCCGUUGCUCUGAGCCGUGUAUAUUUAAACUACCAUACUCCGCAACAAGUGAUAGCUGGAGCUGCUAUCGGAGUCGCUUAUGGAUUGGCUUGGUUUGGAAUUGGAAGCUUCUUGCGGGAAAGCGGCUGGCUAGGGUGGGCUUUGGAUCUGCAGCCCGUCAGAUACUUUAGAAUUCGGGACCUUCUUCCCCGGGAAGACCUGGCCGAGGGUGGCUGGAAACGUUGGGAAAGUAUACGACAGCAAUCCAAGAACCCAGCAAAACGACAUAGCAAAACAUCCCAUGUGGAAUGA